AUCUAUAAAAACAGUAAUGCUACAACGGUCAGUAAAAGUCGUUGAAGCGGAUUUAUUAAUCGACCGUAAAAUGGUGAAAAAUAUCGAAAAUGUAUCUUCAAAUAAUUUAUUAAAACCGAAUAAUAGUGAAGCAAAUGAUAAGACUGGUGAAAAUGAUACCGAGUUUGUAGUCAAGUACCAGGGAAAAACUUUUGAGAUAAGUGAUUUUUUGAAACACCAUCCGGGAGGACGUCAAACACUCAAAGCGUACAAGGGAUUGGCGCUGGAUAAUGUUUUCAAAGAUAUAAAACAUUCCGAGGCGGCAUUCCAUUUGUUUAAUGAAUUCAAAGUCAACAAUGAAAAUAGUUAUGAGGAUAUAGAGACUUUAGUUGAUUGGAACCUGCCUUUAUUGGGCCAAGUCGGUUCACUGUCAGAUAAAUAUUGGGAGUGGGUUAAUUUACCCGUAAAUCGUCCAAUCCGUCUUUUCAAAUCGGAUUACUUGGAAAUACUCACAAUCACACCUUGGUAUCUGGUACCUCUAUUUUGGAUACCGAUAUCUAUUUAUUUUCUAUACCUCGGAUUAAUGAGAAAUAUUUCUGAGUCAUUUCAUUACUCCGCCUGUUAUAAAGUAUUGGCCUUUCUGUCGGGUUUAUUAAUUUGGACACUACUUGAGUACACACUUCACCGGAAACUUUUUCAUUUAAAGCCACCAGCUAAUUCAAAACUUCUCAUUUCACUACAUUUUAUCCUUCAUGGGAUUCAUCAUAAAGCACCAUUCGAUGACCGACGACUGGUUUUUCCCCCAGUUCCCGGUAUGCUCGUAGCAUUUAUUUUUUAUCAAAUAUACAAAAUUAUUUUUCCUGUAACAGUAAUAAAUACAAUUACUGCUGGAACCAUGACAGGAUACUUGUGUUAUGAUUUAAUUCAUUACUAUUUACAUUAUGGAACACCGAGUCCGCAAAGUUAUUUUUACGAAAUGAAAAGAUAUCACAACUACCAUCAUUUCUCCCACCACGACGCAGGUUUUGGUAUAAGCAACAAAUUGUGGGAUUACGUCUUCAAGACACUGAUAAUAUUAAGACAAUUGAAAAAGGCCAUUAUUUGGUAAUUUAUUUUUAGUAAUAAAUAAUAUUUAUUGUAAAAUAAGUAACUAUAUUUUUUUUACAUGUUAAUUGGUUGUGAAACAUAAAAAAUUUAAAUAAUAUGAUAAAUAAAAAUAAU